AUAAAAAAACCCUGUAUUAAAACCCUAAUAUUAGACCAACCUCUCUCUUAUUCAGACUCUCUCUCAGACUCAGAAGCUCUGUCACCGCCACUAUGGCUCAGUUGAACACCAUGUCCGCUUGCUUGCCCACCAACUUCGCCUUUCACGCUCCAAAAUCAGAGUUGAAUUUAUGCCAUGAUGGAGUUGCAUGUCAAAGGAAAUUAUCGUUUCAAGAGUUGGUGGCAAGAAAGAGUGAGCUUCAGGGGAAUGCAUUUGCGGGUUUGAGUAUCAAUGGAGGUGUAACUAGAGCUCGCAACCAAGUUAUUAGAGCAGCACUGCCCAGUUACAGUGAGACAGAAAUAGCUGGAUCUACAAAGGAAAGAGGAUUACGUGGCAAAUUGAACAAGGUCGUUCUGGCCUAUAGUGGUGGCUUAGACACGUCAGUCAUUGUCCCAUGGCUAAGGGAGAACUAUGGUUGUGAAGUUGUUUGCUUCACUGCCGAUGUGGGUCAAGGUAUAAAAGAAUUGGAUGGUCUGGAACAGAAGGCAAAGGCGAGUGGGGCUUGUCAGUUAGUAGUGAAGGAUCUGAAGGAGGAGUUUGUAAAAGACUAUAUAUUCCCUUGCUUGCGAGCUGGUGCAAUCUAUGAGAGGAAAUACUUGCUGGGGACCUCAAUGGCCCGUCCUGUUAUUGCUAAGGCCAUGGUAGAUGUUGCCAAAGCAGUUGGAGCUGAUGCCGUCGCUCAUGGAUGCACAGGGAAAGGAAAUGAUCAGGUUCGGUUUGAACUGACGUUUUUUGCUCUCGACCCCAAACUUAAUGUGGUGGCUCCUUGGAGGGAAUGGGACAUUACGGGUAGAGAAGAUGCUAUUGAAUAUGCUAAGAAGCAUAAUGUGCCUGUCCCAGUGACAAAGAAAUCCAUAUACAGCAGAGAUGGGAACUUAUGGCACCUUAGUCAUGAGGGUGAUAUUUUGGAAGACCCGGAAAAUGAGCCGAAGAAGGAUAUGUUCAUGUUAUCUGUUGAUCCAGAAGAUGCACCGAAUGAACCUGAGUAUGUAGAUAUCGGGAUCGUUUCAGGAAUUCCAGUUUCAGUCGAUGGACAAGAGCUUUCACCAGCUUCUUUGCUUACGAAGCUUAAUGAGAUUGGCGGAAGACACGGAAUUGGUCGUAUUGACAUGGUUGAAAACCGUCUUGUUGGUAUGAAGAGCCGUGGAGUCUAUGAAACUCCUGGAGGCACCAUCCUAUUCGCUGCUGCACGAGAGUUGGAGUCCUUAACUUUGGAUCGAGAAACAAUGCAAGUUAAAGAUUCGCUUGCCCUCAAAUAUGCAGAGCUAGUCUAUGCAGGCAGGUGGUUCGACCCACUUCGUGAGUCCAUGGAUGCAUUCAUGGAGAAAAUCUCGGAGACAACAACGGGAUCAGUAACUCUAAAGUUGUACAAGGGUUCGAUCACUGUAACUAGCCGUAAGAGUCCAUAUAGCCUGUAUAGGCAAGACAUCUCUUCAUUUGAGAGCGGAGAUGUGUAUGAUCAAGCCGAUGCAGCUGGGUUUAUUAGGCUAUAUGGUCUCCCCAUGAGGGUGCGGGCAAUGCUUAAGGAGGGGAUCUAGGUUCUUUUGUAUUGUUUGUUGUUAGAACAACUAAGAAUUGAGUUCUAUUUGGUAUUUGUACUAUUUGGUAUUUGGUAUUUGUAGUAAUUUCUAGCCUUGACCAGUUUUGAUA